CCGCUCCGGCUGCCGGCCGCGCCGCCGCUCGCCUUCUGCUGCUACACGUCGGUGCUCCUGCUCUUCGCCUUCUCCCUGCCCGGCGGCCGCGCGUCCAACCAGCCCCCGGGCGGCGGCGGCGGGGACUGUCCCGGGGGCAAAGGCAAGAGCAUCAACUGCUCAGAAUUAAAUGUAAGGGAAUCUGAUGUAAGAGUUUGUGAUGAGUCAUCAUGUAAAUAUGGAGGAGUCUGUAAAGAAGAUGGUGAUGGUUUGAAAUGUGCAUGUCAGUUGCAGUGCCAUACAAAUUAUAUUCCCGUCUGUGGAUCGAAUGGGGACACUUAUCAAAAUGAAUGCUUUCUUAGAAGGGCUGCUUGUAAGCACCAGAAAGAGAUAACAGUAGUAGCACGAGGACCAUGCUACUCUGAUAAUGGCUCUGGAUCUGGAGAAGGAGAAGAGGAAGGUUCAGGGGCAGAAGCUCACAGAAAGCACUCCAAGUGUGGACCUUGCAAAUAUAAAGCCGAGUGUGAUGAAGAUGCAGAAAAUGUUGGGUGUGUAUGUAAUAUAGACUGCAGCGGAUACAGCUUUAAUCCUGUGUGUGCUUCUGAUGGGAGCUCCUAUAACAACCCCUGUUUUGUUCGAGAGGCAUCUUGUUUAAAGCAGGAACAAAUUGAUAUAAGGCACCUUGGUCACUGCACAGACACAGAUGAUACUAGUUUGUUGGGAAAGAAAGAUGAUGGACUACAAUAUCUACCAGAUGUGAAAGAUGCUAGUGAUCAAAGAGAAGAUGUUUAUAUUGGAAACCACAUGCCUUGCCCUGAAAACCUCAAUGGUUUCUGCAUCCAUGGGAAAUGUGAAUUCAUCUAUUCUACUCAGAAGGCUUCUUGUAGAUGCGAAUCUGGUUACACUGGACAGCACUGUGAAAAGACAGACUUUAGUAUUCUCUAUGUAGUGCCAAGUAGGCAGAAACUUACUCAUGUUCUUAUUGCAGCCAUUAUUGGAGCUGUGCAGAUCGCCAUUAUAGUAGCAAUUGUCAUGUGCAUAACAAGAAAAUGUCCCAAAAACAAUAGAGGACGUCGACAGAAGCAAAACCUAGGUCAUUUUACUUCAGAUACAUCAUCUAGAAUGGUUUAAACUGAUGACUUUUAUAUGUACACUGACCAUGUGAUAUACAUUUAUUAUGUCUUUUUUUAAAGAAUGAAAAUAUUUAUUUCAGAGGCCUUAUUUUUGGACAUUUUUAGUGUAGUACUGUUGGCUCGUAUUUAGAAUAUUCAACUACAACAGUUUUGGACUGUUUAGUAGUCUUUGUUUUAUGAUUUUAAAUACAGAAAUUGAUUUCACAAAUUUGUACCACAUGGUAAUUCUAAGCUGUGUUCUUUACCCAUGGAAUGUAAUAUUUUUGCAAAAAUGGACCCACUCACAAAUGGUAAUAAAGUCAUACUCGUUCCACAGUGACCACAGCAAAUGACCAAGCAUGAACUAAAGGUAAAGAUGUUUACAGAUUACUUUUCUUACAAAAAAGAAAAAACAAAACUAGAAGACACUGUGUUUAAAUAGAUAUUUAAAUGUUUUUGAGAUUUGGUAUCUGAUUUUUUUAGACACUGCCUACCUCAUGGACUUUAAAGUUGUGUGUGUUAGAUGUAAAAUAUUUAUAAAAUGUAUGGACUGGAAUUUCAUUAUUCGUUCCUCUUUGAAAAAAUAAUUCUGAUAAUUUAAAAAAAAACCACUAGAUGAAACAGAUCACUGAAAAAUAGAUUUAGAUAUUGUCAAAAUAGGCUUUUUAACAAAUGAAUUGGAAUAAAGGCCUUCUAUCAGUUACACUACUUUAAUACACAUUCAUUUUUAAACAAAAUAUUUGUUUUAACAUAAAUAAGCAAAUUGUAUUAGUGUUUGUGAAUACAAUGCAAAAAUUGUUAAUGAUUGGUGCUCUUAAAGUGAGCUUAAAAAUAACCUAAGACCUCUAUCUGAAUUUGUCUUGUAAUAAUAGCUAUAUUAAUAGACUGUUGGUGUUUAAAGGUCUGAAGUGUGAGUAGAAUGUACUGAGCUGUUUAAUGUGUAGUUUAGGUACUCAAAAGUAUGCAUGUAGAAUUUACCAAAUAUGUUCAAAAUUAAAUAUUAAUUUUAACAUUUGGUUUGGAAAAGCAUGUUACAAUAUAAUGUUUUCACUACA